ACCAAGAUGUUUCAGAAGAAAAAGCAAAAACUUUCUCAUCAUGGGUCGAAAGAUAUGGAUGAUUCUUACCACCCCUCUGGUAAUGAAGUGGCACCUUUAAAGGACAGCAAAGAUGGCAGUGAGAGGUUUAAGUCCAUGUAUGAGGUGUACUUUGUAGGAAUAGUCCCAGACAUUGUAAUGAGUCAUUCCAUAACUCGGGACAGAGAAGCUCAACUAGUGGAUAGAAUAGAGGAGUCCCAGAUAGAGGGAAAGUUACCAAUAUCACCGCAGGAAGAUGAUAAAGUCAAGAUCAGUGUGUCAAUACAUGGUGUGAAAGUCCUGGACAUGAAGGCACAGGAGGUGUUACAGCGCCACCCGUUACAUACAGUAGCACAGGUUGUGCAGUUCAGUGAUGGAGGAAGUGUUAACAACAUUGCCUUCAAAAUAGGAAAUGUCAACAAAUCUUUGUUCAGUGCAUACGUGUUUGAAUGUCUGUCAGAGGAACAAGCACAGAUGGUGUGUCAGAAUGUUCGAGCAAUGUUUGACAAAAUCACAGAGAAGAACAGAUGAAGAUUUGAUAUACAAUAGGAACUUCAUAUGUGAUAAAAUAUUUAUAUUGGUGCUAACAGCAAUAGAGUAUGCAAGACUGUGCUCUCCUGUUAUUGCAAGACUGUUCAUAGCAUUAAACAGAGACAAUUUUCUGUCCAAUGUUUUAUAGGCCGACAGCAUGUAAAACAACACAGCAACAAAUUUUACUUGAAAUAAAAGCAGCAGUGAGUUACAGAAUGUGCUUUAACAGGACAGUAGUUCAAGUCAUGUAUGGCAUUAAGCUAAUAUUCAAAACCUGCAGCUAACAUUAAACCGGAAGCAUUUCCUUUAGCUAGAUUUUGCUAUGCCUGUCAGUUGAUCUUUGUUGGUAGUGCACAGUCAUGAUUAUAAAAGGUGUUACAAGUAUCAUCCAUAAAUAUUGAGAUUGCAGAUCUACAGAUUACAUGUUCGUGAGUUUUCUGUCUUAGUGAGGCAUAUAUCUCUGUGACAGUGUGAUAAAAGACAUUGUGUCUGAAAUCAUAUAGUUCUCCACCUCUGAUUCAUGUGUACAAGUUGGCAGUUACUUGCAGAGAACAGGUUAGUACUGGUCCAGAAUCUACGCACUGGUUAGGUUAACUGUCCACCAUUUCAUACCUGAAGUUCUGAUGAAAAAGGGUGCUGAACCCAAAAUGGUGAUGUUUUAUUGAUGCGGAUGAUAUGGAGAUAAGGAAAUUGUAAGUAAAUAGUGUUGAACAAAUCACUUCUGUUACAGAAUCCUUGAAUAUUGGUUUGGUUAGAUGAAUGAAUGCAUGAAUGAUUGAAAAACUGUUGAAAAACUAUAUAGUUACAUUGCUCCAGCAUUCACAACAAUAAUUUUGUAUGACCCUUGUGUUCACAGUUCCAAAGGAACUCUCAUUGCUAUGAUGUCAAAUAGAAGAGGACCAUUCCUGAGGAGAAAAUGCUGAAUUGGCUAAAAUUGUUACAUAUGUCAUGUCGUUAUAUGAGAUAAAUAUUAUGUACAAUAUAAGCGUGCCGUGUGAUUACAUGAAUAUUUGCUUUUCCAACAGUUACGAAUACUUGAGGAUUUUUUUGUUUCGUAGAUUUAAAAUGUUUAAAAGUGUACAGCAGUGAAUCAAAUGAGUUUAUAAGAGUGUAAAAUAAGAUGUAUUAUACACAGUUCUGUUUAAAGGCUUCUGACCUUCAUACACUUUAGAUAUGCCUGUAUAAUUUAUACCCAAACUACUAUUUAUAAUUAUACAUGUUCCAAGGUAUUUGUCAUUAUGCUAGAACCAGUCUAAGAACUUUUGCCAUUGAAUGUUUCUCAUUGCAGAGUUGGUGCAGCCGUUCUGCGCCUGCGCGGAAUUAUUAUCCAUUGGAGCGCACGGCAAAAUUACUAAUCUUUUUGCAUGUCCGCACGCAUUUAGAGUAUCAAAUGCAUAAUAUACUGACUAGAGGUUAGGGUUAGUAUCACCAUGGUUACAAAAUAUAUACAUUUAAGAUAUUUUCUUUCAAAUUUAGUUAAUCCGGUAUAUACCGGAGUCUAUAAUAUAUCACAGGUGCACCAACUCUGUAUUUAGUCACAGCCUUUGCCAUUAUGCUUGUACAUUGUACCAGUCUACACCAUUUUGAUAUUAUACUAGGACCAGUCUACAGAAUCAGUUGCAUGUCACAAGUUUUCAGAAAAGAAUAUAUUUUAGUAUUGAAGUGCUAAUGGAAGACAAAAAUGGUUAAAAACAUGCUGUUAUAAAUUCAGUUGAAUUUUCCAUCAAAGGAAACUAAACAUUUGGUUUCUUUGUUUCUAGCAAUAACAAAAGUUAUGAAAGACAAUAUUAACAUGAUCAAGCAAUUAGUUCUUAAUACUUGUUUGUUUUGAUGUGAAUUGUUAAUAGAUGAUAACAUACAUACUGUUGUCUUUAUAUCCAGUUGUAUAUCUUAAUUGUUAUGUUGUUAAUGUAUAUUUUAUGUUUUUAAUAAAAUGAUAUAUUUACAUUCGCUAAAUGCCUUGUAUAGAAAUAAUAAAAUAUUUAUUUUUAAAUAAACUACACUGGUGCAAUAAUACCAAGGAUGGCCUUUUCUACCAGA